CUGUCCGAGGAGCAGGUCGAGGCCUACGUGGCGUUGUGCGCCAAGAGCUACGACGCGCUGCAGUGCACGCUGGGGCCCAAGGACAGGGCCAAGAUCGCUUGGCUGCGCAGCCUGCGCUCGGCCGAUCACAAGCUGGCCUCGAAGCUCACAGACCAGGUGGGCGGGGCUCAGAGGAAGUACGACAAGGCCGUGGAGGCUUUGGAGAGGGCCGCGCUCUAUGCGGCCAUGCUUGGAACGGAGUUGGAAACCUUGCAGGCGAAGCAGAAGGAGGCUGCUGACCGGGCCAUGCAGGCGUUCGCCCAGCUCGGCUCGCCGUUGACAGCUUCUGGUGCUGCGCAGGGCUCAAAAGCGCAAGAGAUUGGCGACGCCUCACUCUUGGCUGAAAUGCAGGCGCUGUUCGACAAGAUGCAGGACAA